AUGGCUGGGAAGGUGGAAAUUCAGGAACGUGUCCUGCCACGGAAGCCAGAAAAGUGUGUCAGCGAAGAGAGUGGACAGAAGUGCCACCUGCCACUGAGGCCUAGCAAGGUGAAGACCAGUGUGUUCGUUGAUUUUGGCAACAGGAGGGUUAUUGCUGUGGCAGGUGACCCGGGGAGGGGGAAGCCAGGCUGGAGGGGCUCGACGAAGGAAGAGAGCCCUAAUAACUAUUUUAUUUUAUUUUUUUUCUUGUUUUAGGGUGAAUCCGUAAAAUAUUUCCUGGAUAACUUGGAUAAACUUGGAGAAGCAGAUUACAUCCCAUCACAGCAAGAUAUUCUGCUUGCCAGAAGACCCACCAAAGGCAUUCACGAGUACGACUUUGAAAUUAAAAAUGUUCCUUUCAAAAUGGUUGAUGUAGGUGGUCAGAGGUCAGAAAGAAAGCGGUGGUUUGAGUGCUUUGACAGCGUGACGUCGAUACUUUUCCUUGUGUCCUCAAGUGAAUUCGACCAGGUGCUUAUGGAAGAUCGACUGACCAAUCGCCUGACAGAGUCUCUGAACAUUUUCGAAACGAUCGUCAACAACCGGGUUUUCAGCAACGUCUCCAUAAUCCUUUUCUUAAACAAGACAGAUUUGCUUGAGGAGAAGGUGCGAAUUGUGAGCAUCAAAGACUAUUUCUUAGAAUUUGAAGGGGAUCCCCACUGCUUAAGAGACGUCCAAAAAUUCCUGGUGGAAUGUUUCCGGAACAAGCGGCGGGACCAGCAGCAGAAGCCCCUGUACCACCACUUCACCACCGCGAUCAACACGGAGAACAUCCGCCUGGUUUUCCGCGACGUCAAGGAUACUAUUCUUCAUGACAACCUCAAGCAGCUCAUGCUGCAGUGA